CCCCGCCUCAAUCCCGAGCUUCGCGCGACUCCAUCUCAUCAACCCCGCGAUUUCACUCUUCCUUCCUCAAUUCCAAUUCUAAUAUCACUCUCAAACAAUCUCCAAAAUGUCUGCAGCCUGCAUCUUCUGCAAGAUCGUCAAAGGCGACAUCCCCUCCUUCAAGCUCUUCGAAUCCGACAAAGUGCUCGCCUUCCUGGACAUCAACCCCUUAAGCAAAGGCCACGCUCUCGUAAUCCCGAAAUUCCACGGCGAGAAACUCACCGAUAUCCCAGACGAUUCGCUGGCUGAGAUAUUGCCUGUGGUGAAGAAACUAGUGAAGGCGACUGGGGCGGAGAAUUAUAAUGUGUUGCAGAAUAAUGGGCGGAUUGCGCAUCAGGAGGUUGAUCAUGUUCAUUUCCAUAUGAUCCCGAAGCCAAAUAGUGAGGAGGGGAUGGGUAUUAGUUGGCCGCAGCAGAAGACUGAUAUGGAUGGACUGAAAGCCCUGCUUGCGGAUAUCAAGUCGAAGAUGUGACGGAAUAUGUGUAUCAUACGGAGCGAGGAGUAAGGCGAGAGGAUGAAUAAAAGAAAUGGCUUUCUCGAGAGCGUUGAUAGAAUAUGAUUGAUUUGCUGUUGAGGGCUUGAGUAUAUAUGCUCGAGAACCUCCGUCUCUCUCGAACUCGAUGCAGCAUCUAUCCUCCUCCUAUUGUACCAACCAGAAAAACGCCCAGUUUACCGUGUCACCAUAUAUACAAUCCAUUAUCGUACACGUCCGCAUUAUGCACUAGCAUUACUCAGUCCACAUCAUCCGCAUGAGUCUCGACUGGUUUCGCAACUCCAUUGGUGGUGGGAGUAACAGUUUCUUUGCUUGGGUAGAAUUGGAUCUUGCCUCCAGGAUUAAUCAUACCGGUUCGGUCGUAGAAUGACUUAGCAC